AUGGGGCAUGCUCUUUUCAGUUGCAAAUACGCCAAGACAGUUUGGAAAGCACAAAAACUCAAUUUUAAUUGGCAGGCGUGUACAGCAAUGAGAAAUGGCGACUAUUUGUUACACCUCUCAUCACUUUAUAACAAAUCUGAGAUGGAACAAUUAUUUUGUACACUUUGGGCUAUUUGGAAUGAGCGAAACAAGGUGGUUCAUGGGAGUAAAGCAAGAGUUGCGACUGAUCUAGCCAUUUUUGCUACUGUUUUUUUGCAGAAUUUUCGCAAUGCUCAACACAAGCACCCUCCAGUAGCGGCUGUGCCCACUUUUUCACACCAGUCGGGCCCUUCUGUAACAGCUUUUUCGCACCAGCAGCAAAAUUCUAUAGCAGCUCUCCACCCGUGGUCCCCUCCAGCUCCAAAUGUCCUCAAACUCAACAUAGAUGCAGCAGUUCAUUCACCUUCUAAUACUACUGGUGUUGGGGCUGUUCUUAGAGAUAAUCAUGGACAUGUUGUUGCUGCUUUAGCCAUGCCAUUCAUCGGCAACUUCAAAUCACAUGAAAUGGAGGCCAAAGCUCUUUUUCACAGUCUCAAUUGGGCUCUUCAACAACAAUUACAAGUCAACCACAUUGAGACGGAUGCACUUAUGGUUGUGAAUGCUUUGCAAGCUCCCUUCAAUCCAAACUCUUCUUUUUCAGAUUUAAUAUUAGAUGUUGUUAGUCUUUUAUCCUUUUUCCCUAACGUUGUUGUAUCUCAUGUCAAACGUUUGGCAAAUGAAGCGGCUCAUGGUCUUGCUAAAUUUGCUUUAGGGGUGGAUGAGGCUUGUACUUGGUUGGAGAUUAUCCCUCCUCCGAUUUACUCUGUUAUUGUAAACGAAUCUUUAUUUGUUUAA